AUGAUAAAACUUUUUCAAAUCUUUCUUGUCAACUGUCCUCUAUUAUUUGUCUUUUCAACUUUCGAUGCUCAAUAUCCAGCUGAUCAAAUUCAUCAAGAUUUGGUUCGGAAUAUAGAUAAUCAAUGGCCACAUGUUUAUGAAGUAUUGGCACAAUAUACAAAUGAGGAGAGACAACAAAUUGCAUUACGGUAUAAAGGAACAUACGGUGAAGAAUUGAGAGAUCUUUUGUUGAGACGUGUACAACAUAAAGAAGUAUUUCUUGGAUUGAUUGAUAAACCAGCUAAAUAUGAUGCUAGUUUAUUACGAGAUGCUGUUUAUAGACCUGGAACUGAUGAAGAUGUUUUGAUUGAAAUAUUUAUAACAAGAAAAUAUGAAGAAAUUAUGGAAAUUCGAAAAGAAUAUCAAGAAACUUAUGGAACAGAUCUUUAUAAUGAUUUGGAUGAUGAUCUUUCAGGAAUGUUUAAAUAUUUCAUUUUUUCGAUUGCUGGUUAUAAUGAAAAUCGAGUUUCGGAUGAUUCCACGGAUCUUGUAGAAGCUACGCGAGAAGCUUUGAAUUUGAUGAAUCCUUACAACACAACUCAAUGUAUUUGUUUGUUAAGUUCAUUGAAUUUGGAUCAACUUUGGUUAAUUUUCGAUGAAUAUCAAAAGCUAUCAAAUCAACCAAUCGAAACUCUUCUGAAUAAUGAACCCGAUGAUGAUCUCCGUUCUGGUUUCUUGCAAAUUGUCAAAGUUGUUCGAGAUACUCCAAAAUAUUUUGCUGAGAAAUUAUAUAAUGCGGUUGCUGGAUUUGGAACUGAUAAUGAUGCUUUGUCACGAAUUAUUGUGACUCGAUCCGAAAUCGAUUUACCGGAAAUUCUGAGAGAAUUCGAAAAACAACCAUGGAAAAUGACAUUGAGAGAGGCUAUUGUAGAAGAUACUACUUUGAAUUUCAAAUUUGCUCUUUUGGGUUUCCUUGAUCAUUAUCAUGGGAGAACAAUGGUUCAUGCUUGA